AUGGCCGACUGCGGAGUCGAUUCCAGCGAGUUGGCGGCCUCGCUGGCUGCUUUGAACGUCUCUCUAGAAGCUGAGACGAUUCACGUAGAGGAGUCCCAGCCACCAACACCAGACGGUACAGGGCGUCCAGUCAACUUCCAGAUCAUUGCUCCCGGGCUUUACCGAUCCAGCUAUCCCCAAACGCCGCAUUUUCUGGAGUUGGAAAAGCUGAGCCUCAAGACCAUCGUGACGCUGGUGCCACAAGCACUGUCCGAAGAUUACAAGAGAUACAUGACGAGGAACCACAUUACCCACUAUCACAUCCCAAUCCUCGCCAACAAGGACCCGGAAAUCUACACUCCGGACGCAGUCGUCUACCAGGUUCUUGAGCUGAUGCUCGAUUCGUCAAAUUACCCCAUGCUCAUCCACUGCAACAAAGGGAAGCACAGGACCGGUUGCAUCACAGCCAGUUUCCGCAGAGUGACGGGGUGGACGUUUGAGGCUUGCAUAGCGGAAUAUGAACGAUAUUCCAAACCCAAGGAUCGGGCGCUGGAUAAAGUCUUCAUUGAACGAUUCAAUCCUCUCCCACUGAAGUCGAUCGCCAUCGAGAGGGGCUAUGUUGGCGGGGUCUGGCGACAGCCCGUGUGCGGCUCCACGAACUUCUCAACCUACACCACCACCACUAUGGACACUAAUUACACGACGACCGAUGAUUCUGCCACUGACAACCUGGAGCGAACCAAGACGGACAGCGAAGCAAUGGAAGCACCGGACGGCAUCAGGAAUUGGUUAUGA